UUACGGUGAAGAAGGUGAGACGCUCUCGCGACAACUAGGCGCCUCUCGGUUCUUUUCUGACUGUUUACUCACUGUUUCACUCUUUUUGGCAGUGUGAAUACUGUGAGGGGAAAUGGCAGCACUGAUCAGGAGGAUCAUCAGCACGGCUAAAGCUCCGGCUGCGAUUGGCCCAUACAGCCAAGCGGUGGUGGUGGAUCGGACUGUGUACAUCUCAGGGCAGCUGGGGAUGGAUCCUGCCAGUGGACAGCUGGUGGAAGGUGGCGUUCAGGCACAGACCAGACAGGCUCUUGUCAAUAUGGGUGAAAUUCUUAAAGCUGCUGGCUGCAGCUAUAAGAACGUUGUGAAAACCACAGUGCUGUUAGCCGACAUGAACGAUUUUGUAAAUGUCAAUGACGUCUACAAGCAGUUUUUCAGUGCCAACUUCCCAGCCCGAGCUGCCUAUCAGGUAGCGGCUCUUCCCAGAGGUGGACUGGUGGAGAUUGAAGCAGUUGCAGUUUUGGGCCCUCUGAGCGAUGCUUCUUAACAACAAGGCAGCAAAAGAGCAUCCUCAACAUUUAUUGAUUCCCCCUGUAUAGAUUGGUAGAAAUCAGUGAAAUAAAUGAAUCUUUUUAUUUAGUAGCUUAGUUUUCCAAUGAGAAAAUUAGCUAGCCUGAUGUUUGGAUAUUUUGUAGUUCACUAACCAUCCUUCUCAGCAUGCCUGGUUGCAAGAUUAACUGUUAUUAUAACAACUGUUUGGUAUAUUUCUUGAUUUUAUUUUACUUGUUCCAAUAUUGUAUUAAGCAAAGAACAUGUUUUGUAAAUGAAAAUAGAAAUAAAAAAUACAAUCUU